AGACGGUUUUUUUUUUUUUUGUAUAGAAAUAUAAAGCAAGCCUCUACUUUGUAGGUAUGCCUUAAAAACUGACAAUGAGUAAUCGCAAAUAGAUAAAAGUUUUACAAACUCAUCGAUGACUGAACAUGACGUUAUCGAAUAUGUGUUACGUGCUAACCAGUUUGAAUGCUUCUCGUAUAAUCGUUCUAGUCAUCACAAUCUACAUGGUUUUCCUCGUCUACACUUACAACGAGAAACUGUAUCAAAUAAAAAUUCAGAGGAAGGACAUAUCGUACCUUAACCACAAGAAAAUAAAGUACAUACUCCAAUGGACGCGAAGGUUCAGCGCGCCAUUCGAUUUCAUGGGCGAAGGUAAUUCAAUGUUUAUAAAGCAGAAGUGUAAAUACAACAACUGUUUUGUAACAGAUGAUAAAGGUUACUUUGUCGAGCAGUCCGAUUUUGAUGCGAUCGCAUUCAACGGCCGUGACGUCAUUAAUCUGUGGCCGUUUCAAUUUCCAUCCAAUCGAUCUCCUAAACAGAAAUACAUAUUUGGAGCAAUGGAGUCACCAGACAAUUUUCCUGCGUGUGAUGAAUCCCUCGACGGAUUUUUCAACUGGACAUGGACUUAUAAACUCGACUCAGAUUUUCGUUGGGGAUACAUAACUAUAUUCGAUUUGAAAGGGAAUGUAAUUGGUCCCGCGAUAGACAUGAAGUGGCCUGAAUUAAACCCAAUUAGCGAAGAGCUAAAGGUCAAAUUGUCGAGUAAAUCCAAAGCUGCCGCGUGGUUGGUUUCACAUUGCGAUACUAAAAGUCAAAGGGAGAUCUUCGUAGAUGAGUUACAGAAGGAGCUGGUAAGCUACGGGUGGACAGUGGAUAUCUAUGGCAAGUGUGGCACACUGAGUUGCCCGAAAAGCGAAACACACACCUGCUUUAAGAAGAUAGAGAAUGAUUACUACUUUUACUUGUCGUUUGAGAAUUCGUUCAGUGAGGACUAUGUGACGGAGAAGCUGUUGGUUGCUUUGGAAAAUUAUGCUGUGCCGAUCGUGUUUGGUGCGGCUAAUUACUCCAGGUUCCUUCCACCAGGCAGUUACCUGGACGCGAGAGAGCUCGGCGUGGAAGAGCUAGCGCGAGAAAUGAGCGAAAUAAUAGGAAAUACCACCAGAUACCACGACUUCUUCCGCUGGAGGAACCACUACGUGUACAAGGAAACAUCUCAAGAAGAGGACAUUUGCAAGCUAUGUGAAAUGAUGAACAAUGAAGAGAAAGUCUCUGAAGUCAGUGUGUGGAGUGAUUUCAGGACGUGGUGGAACGGUGAACGGUAUGAGAUGAACUGUAGAUAAUUUAAAAUAAAUAAGAAAGCGUGAAAAACUAU